AUGACAGCGAACACCAGCAUAGCCUCCAAAUCAGCACUAGGCGUCGUUAAUGUACAAGAAGGGAUCGCCGACCUUACCAGCGGUGUUCCCGACGCCGACAGAAUCAAUCAUGCCAUUAGCUGCAUCCUACGCCUCGCUCGCCAACACAAUGACACCAACAAGCAUCGCGAGGAAGCGAUCGAGAUCCUGUUCAUACAACAUGACGACAAAAACAGAAGACCCUUUGUAUCGCGGAAAACCGACUUGGAAUCUGAUGUUGAUUUCCAAAAGACGUCGGUACGUAUCGACCAGGCGGUAUCUGUUAUCACAAUGACUGAAAGUCCAUUGGGCAAUAUGUUCGAGUCGAAUUCAGAUCUCGCCACCUCGCUUCAUUCGCAAGGUGUCAAGCAUCUUGCUUUUGUGGGCUUGCAGACAGACUUUUGCGUACGAGCGUCGAUUCUGGGAGCGAUUGCGUAUGGAUUUGAGGCUGUGAACAUCACCCUUCUCCGAGGCGCUCAUUCGACAUAUGACAAUGCUUCGACAGGCAAGUCGUAUCUACAAAUCAAGGAAGAUGUGGAGAAGGAGUUGAUGGACCUUGGAGUGGGCUUACGUGAGUGUGAGGACUUCGCGUUAUAG